AUGGGAACCGCUUCCUUCGCGGUUUUAGGCGUUUUACUCGUAGUUUUUCAGCCCUUGGCUUUAGAUGCUGUGGAGGAGCCAGUAUGUGUACCUGGUUUCGGAGCUGAUUUGUUGAUAUUCAGAGUGACCUCAAAUCAUCUGCGGCAAGGCAGAAGAUUGGGAAAAGUUGACUUCACAGACUGCACUGGCCGGAAAAGAUUUCUUUUCAACACUGAUGACAGCCGUUUUGUUGUGCACACAGAUGGGACGCUCACUGUUAAGAGACAGGUGGUUCUCCAUGAGGGAAAGCGGGAAUUCUUCCUUCACUCCUGGGACUCACAGGGUCACAAAAUGACUGUUCCUGUCAUGGUGGUGCACCAUGGGCAUCACCAUGGAAACCACCAUCGAGGUGCUGAGCGUCACCAUGAGCAUCACCGUGAGCAUCACAGCCCCCAGCACCACCUUAGUGGAAUGGAGUCCAUAAACGCCACAGAGGCAACCCUGGUGUACUUUGUCCAGAUCCGCUCUGAUGAGGACAAAUCCAGGAAAAUCUACUACAGCAUCACCGGUCCAGGAGCUGAUGAGCCCCCUGUGAACCUCUUCACCAUGGACAAAUUUAAUGGUGUUCUGUAUGUCACGGAGCCACUUGACAGAGAGAAGCAGGACAAGUACAUGUUCAAGGCACACGCUGUGGCAGAAGGUUCAGGAUCGAUUGAAGAGCCCAUGGAUGUGAUCGUCAAAGUCAUUGACCAAAAUGACAACUCGCCCAUUUUUGAAGAAUCCUCCUACCGUGGACAACUGACUGAGUCCUCGCCAUUAGGUCAUGAGGUGAUUCGGGUCGUGGCCACCGAUCUAGAUGAGCCGGGCAACUACAACUCUUUGAUCCGCUACAGUAUUUUGAGCCAAGAGCCAAAGGAACCUAACCAACAUAUGUUUGUCAUUAAUGCGGUCACUGGAAUGAUCAGACUCAGCGCUCAGGGACUGGAUAGAGAGAAAAUCUCUCAGUACACACUGGAGGUACAAGCAGCUGACUCUGAAGGAAAAGGGCUGAGUGGAAAAGCAAAAGUAAUCAUCGAGGUGACAGACAGCAAUGACAACGCUCCAGCCUUUUCUCAGCCCUCUUACACCGGCACUGUUGAGGAAAACAAAGCAGAUGCUGUAGCAGCAAGAUUGCUGGUGACAGAUAAAGAUGACGCACACACUCCUGCCUGGAACGCAAAGUUCAAAAUUGUUGGUGGAGAUCCAAAAAACCUGUUUACAGUAGAAACAGGAACUAACAAACAAGAAGGAAUCUUAAAGACUGCUCAGGGUCUUGAUUUUGAGACGAGCAGCAUACACAUCCUACUGGUUGCAGUGGAAAAUGACGUCCCUUUUGCUAUUCCACUGCCCACGGCCACGGCCACAGUUACAGUGACUGUGAAGGACGUCAACGAACCUCCAGUCUUUGAUCCACCGACAAAGAAUUUGGCAAAAAAGGAGGACUACAAGGGCCCUGAUCUGGUGGUCUACACAGCUUCUGACCCAGACACUGCUCGCAAACAGAAAGUCAUGUAUAAAAUCAUAAGAGACCCUGCAGGAUGGCUGAAUGUGGAUGAAACCAACGGCAAGAUUACACUGAAAUCCCAAAUGGACAGAGAGUCUUCUUUUGUAAAGGACGACAACUACAUGGCACUCAUUGGAGCGUACGAUGACGAUGAGAUCCCCGCCACUGGAACUGGUACUCUCAUCAUUAAGCUGGAGGACGUCAACGACAAUGGACCCACCAUUGACGAACGGGAAGUCACGAUGUGCAGGAAGAAUCCAGUCCCUCAGCUUCUGAGUGUGUCGGACAAAGAUGGACCGGGCAAUGCGGCUCCCUACAGUGUGGUCUUACACCCCCAGUCAGCCACCAACUGGACUGCUCGGAUGAAUGACAACAAAACGGCCGUCAUCCUGGCUUUGGCCAACGAUCUGGAAAGCGGAGUGUACAACGUGGUCCUGAAGGUUCUGGACAACGGGGGCAAUCCUCAGGACAGCACCGUCAAAGCUACGGUGUGCGAGUGCUCGGGAGCAGACGUCAGCUGCAACGACCUGCGCGGCGCGGCGGUUUCUAACCUGCCGGCGAUUCUCGGCGUGCUCGGGGGCGUCCUGCUGCUUCUCAUGCUGCUGCUGCUGCUGCUGCUGUUUGUGAGGAACAGAAGAGGAGAGAAGCAGGAGCCGCUACUGCCAGAGGAGGACAUCAGAGACAACAUCUACUACUAUGAUGAGGAGGGAGGGGGAGAGGAUGACCAGGACUUUGAUCUGGGCGUCCUCCACCGGGGUCUUGACAACCGCCCUGAGGUAUUCAGGAAUGAUGUGGUGCCUAAUUUCAUGCCGGCUCCCCAGUACCGGCCCCGGCCCGCCAACCCGGACGACAUCGGCAAAUUCAUCGAGGACAAUCUGAACGCGGCCGACAGCGACCCCACGGCGCCCCCCUACGACUCCCUGCUGGUGUUCGACUACGAGGGGGGGGGCUCCGACGCGGGGAGCCUCUCCUCUCUGAACUCCUCCAGCAGCGGAGACCAGAACUACGACUGCCUGCAGGAGUGGGGCCCCCGCUUCAAGAAGCUGGCCGACAUGUACGGCGGCGGAGAAGACGACGACAUGCUGUAGCGUCCUGGUGAGCGAGCUGCAGAGGCUAGAGAUGAGCUGGGUCUUAGGGGCCCCCAGGUGUUUAAUGCUGUCCGCUUUCUACUUAUUCCAAGAGCUGAAGUGCACACUUGACAAUGGCGUCCAUGUUUUGGGGAAACCAGACGCACAGAGCUGCAGUUUCCCCAGUUAGGUUUUGGCUUCAGUUGGUAAAAGGAUGGUACCUUUGUUGAUGUUUGUUUUUUUUCGUUUUUCCUUGUUCUUUGUACAACCGUUUUAUAUUGGUGAUUGUUUGAAUGAAAUCAUGGCCGCCGAUGCCCCCUGACCCUGAGAUGGAGAGCACAAUGAGUUAUCAAUAAACGCUGUUCAGAUGUACAUCUGUAGGUCUGCCUCCUCCAUGGGGACUGUACUAUGAAUGCUUUGCCAGAUUUACCUUUUUUACAUAAAGUUCUUAAUACAAUGAUCUGUGACCUGUCUUUUGUUUAAUCUACAAACUGGAUUAAAGCCGCACUGUCA